CACUACCAUCCUUUAGCCAAUUGGACCUGGUAACACAAGAGCUGUCAGUCCCCACACUUAUGCAAAAUAAAGAGAAUGAUUUCCAUUUUCCCACUCUUUCAGAGGCAAAGGAAUAUGUGGCAAAAACAACCAGACAAAUACCCCUCUCCCACAGCUUUAUCUCUCUCUGGAUUUUCAUCAAGGGAAAAUCCUCUCAAUAUCAUUAGCUAUAGAGGGUCCAUGGAUGACUGCCUACACAACAUUAACCCUGACUUGGGUCUUAACCCACCUGGUCAGGGGGAGGGACCAUCUUCUUCCUCCUACUUGGACUCAGGGGAAUAUGGAACUCACUCAGAUGAUGGUAAAUUUGAGGAAAUUAGAGAUACCUCUUCUGUUGAGCCAGUUAAUUUCAGAACUCCAUCAAAGGAUUCCUCAUCUUUAUCCAUCCCAAAGACUAAGAAGAAAAAACAAAGCAGGGGUAAAGUCUUUAGAAGGCUUGACAGGGCAGUGGUCAAUGAAGUCAUGUUGGAAAAUUAUGAUGAUAUUACUGUGACUCACAUUAACAGUACCACCUCAGACCAUAAACCUGUGCUACUUCAAUGUAUUAAGAAUAAUCAUGACGGGCCCAAACCAUUCAGAUUCUUUAAUAUUUGGUUGAAUCACCCUAACUUCAUGAAGACUCUCAAAGAUUUCUGGAGCUCUCAAACCUGUUUUGGGGGUAUGACAGGGCUGGCUCACAAACUCAAAGGGCUCAAGGUUAUUCUUAAAGAAUGGAACAAAGAUGUCUUUGGUAGGGUGGAGAAUAAUAUCAAAAAGGCAGAACUCAUAGCAACUUCAGCACAAGAAAGGUUUGAGAAUGAUCCCUCGGCAAAUAAAGCCAAAGCUGAUCUCAUUUUGGCUACUGAAAAUGAGAUCAACUACUGGAAGCAAAAAGCUAAUAUCAACUGGAUGAAAGAAGGUGACAGUAAUUCCAAUUUUUUCCAUUCAUAUGUUAAAGGCAGGAGAAUCAAAUCCACAAUCAGAACCAUUGAUAAUAAUAAUGGGGAUCCUAUCAACAAUUCUGUGGAAAUCCAAAAAUUGGCAGUUGAUCAUUUCUCCCAGCUUUUCUGCAGCAAGAAAAAUAUCAAUCUUGAUCCUAUCAAGGAAUACUUGGAAGUAAGAGUGACAGAGGCCGACAACCUGGAGUUGACUAAAGUCCCUACUGGAGAGGAAAUUAAGGAAGUGGUCUGGAACCUGAAUCCUGAUAGUGCUCCUGGUCCGGAUGGUUUCAAUGGAAAUUUCUUCAAAUCCUGCUGGGAUACUGUCAAGGAAGACAUUAUCAGUGCCUCCCAAGAAUUUUUUUUAGGGAUCCCUGUCCCCAGAAGUUAUGGAAGUACUUUCUUAACCUUAAUCCCCAAAAAGGAGGACCCUAAAAAUUUCAGUGAUUACAGACCCAUUUCUCUUUCCACUUUCAUGAGUAAGAUUAACACAAAGAUUCUGGCCAAUAGACUCCAAAAGAUUCUCCCUAAGAUCAUAUCUUUUGAGCAGACAGGAUUUCAACAGAAUAAGGGCAUUGAAGAACAGAUUCUACUCACUGAAGAAAUGGUUCACAAGAUUGACAACAAGACAAGAGGGAGAAAUAUUAUCAUAAAGCUGGAUAUGGCCAAGGCUUUUGAUAAUAUGGAAUGGGAUUUUAUCACAUUUGUUCUACAGUCUUUGGGAUUCUCUAAGAAGGCCUGUGAUCUUCUUAUGGCUAACCUUUUUGCUACUCACAUCUCUAUUCUUAUUAAUGGUAGUCCAUGUGGCUUUUUUAAGAUGCAAAGGGGUGUCAAGCAGGGGGAUCCUCUUUCUCCUCUACUAUUCAUUAUUGCCAGUGAAGGUUUGAGCUGUAUUCUCAACCAAUCAAUGAAUAAAGGUAUCAUUCAUCAUUAUAACACUGGAAGGGAUCUGAUUGUCAGCCAUUUGGGCUUUGCUGAUGACAUUAUAAUCUUCACUAAAGGAGAUGGGGCUAAUCUUAAAAAAUUGGUGAGCCUUUUGAAGGUCUACCUAGAUGCAUCUGGCCAGGUUAUAAAUUACUCUAAAAGUAGAUUUUAUUGUGGUAAAAAAUGCUCCAGUUCAGAUAUUAACAAAAUGGGGAGAAUUCUGGGAAUGCAACAUGGUCAAAUUCCCUUUAGAUAUCUUGGGGCACCUAUAUGUAAAGGGAUCUUGAGAAAGGAGGAUUGUAAGGAGCUGAUCAACCAUUUUGAUUUCUACCUUCAUAACUGGUUUAGCAAGACUCUUAAUCAAAUGGGUAGAGUGGUUCUUAUCAAACAUGUUCUUUCAGCCAUUCCUCUACACAUUCUUGCAGUACAUACCCUUCCUAAUUCUGUCAUCAACAGUAUUCACAGAAAAAUGAAUAAUUUCCUUUGGGGCCACAACAAGGACAAACCCAAAUACCACUAGAAAGCCUGGGAUAUGAUCUGUCUUCCAGAGAUUGAGGGUGGGCUUGGAAUCAGAAACUUAAAGGAGGUUCAGAAUGCCUAUUCUAUUAAGCUAUGGUGGAAAUAUCAUAAUGAGGACAGCAAACGGGCCAAUUUCAUGAGAAAUAAAUAUGGAGCUACAUUUAGAACUGAAAGGCUUACAGAUUCUACAGUUAAGAAAAGAAUUUGCAGAAU